AUGUCCCACGAUCACGAUCGUGACCGUGAUGGAGGCAAAACGGAUCAGUUAGUUACCUCCGCACCUUCACUCGGUACCGGUACUCGAUUCCCAGAACCAAGUCCCACGAUCAUCGGCUGGCCCCAGGGUAUUCGGGGAUUCCAGAAUGGUUCGAUGCGUCGCCGUACAUGCUCCAGACGGAGAUCUUCCAAGGUUUCUAGAAGGAUGCGAUACACACGUCGUGCACCCUAUCGCCUAACCAUAUUAGACUGCCGAGAUCGACUGGACGGGAAGGUGACGUCGCAACUCUCGAGCCCUCUGAGAGGGGCGAGAAUCGAUAUGCAUCACGCAGCCCGUCGUCCUUGGCUGUUGGGGUUGUCAAUGUCUAAUUUCCAGCGUCGCAUCUUCUAUCCGAUGCCUAUUCGAGGCUCCAGCAUUACCCCAGUAUUACUCCAGUAUUACUCCAGUAUUACUCCAGUAUUACCCCAGUAUUACUCCAGUAUUACUCCAGUCUCCUCCAGUCCACCACGGCUACGCCGCUGUAGCGCUGCACUAUUAUCGUGGAUUCGCGUACCGAUCAAAUUGACUGCAGGUCCUGGGGCUACCGAAGUUCGAUGA